CCGCGGCGGGGCGGGGCGCGUAGGCGGGGACCGGCGCCCUGACAGCGCCCCGGCCUCGGCCGGCCCCGCGCGGGGAGCCGGCCGCCUCCCCGCCUCCCCGCCCGGGGGCAGCGCGGCCCUGCCGGCGGGGGCGGGGAGCGGCAGUGCGCGGCCCGCGGAGCGGCGCGGCGGGGCCCGGCCUGCGGCGGUGAGCGCCGCCCGCGCCCUGGGGCCGCCCGGGGCCGGCUGCGGCCGGGGGCGCCUCGGCGCCGCUUCGCCGAGCAGCCGCCUGGCGUGGCGCCGCUGGGGCUUGCUCGGAGCGCGGCUCUGAAGCCCCUUUUCUGCCGAAAAAAGAAGAAAAAGAAAAAGCAUCACGCAACGUUAGCGCGCCCGGGAGCUGCUGUGGAGGAGAAGGGGCGGGAUUUAUUUCGGCGUCUCUUACUCAUACACGGAAAACCCUCGCAGGGCUGAGUUUGAGAGCAAAAUGUCCUUUUUCUUUUGCUUUUUUUCCCCCUGCCAUUAUGUUCUCUUGAAAUUGUAGGGAGCGGUGAUGAAUUGAAUGAAUAUAUAUGCAGAAAAUAAUGGACUCUAUUUUCCCAUAUCACUUACAGUUGCUGAAUUGCAACAGCGUUCCUCUUUACUGUCUCAUUUACUAAAUAUCAAGCUUUCCAAAAUACAAAAAUGGCUAGUGGCAUAAGUAUACAUAGCGAUUGCUGCUUAAAGUUAUUGGUGUAGAAUAACGGAUAUUUUUUGAGCUUACUUUGCAUACGUGCUUUGACCCAAAGCUAUUCUUUAAGUCUCAAUAUAUAAAUAGAGCAAAACUUGUAAAUGUUCGUGUUAUACAUGCUGUAAUUUGGGGCUGUAUGGUGUCCCACACUGUCACUCUUUUGAAUAAAUAUUUCUUUUCAGAGUAGUUUUUUUGUUGUGUUUUGUAUUUCAGUGUUACUUUUGAAAGCGUAGUGUCGUUUAAAGUCAGAGUUAGUAACUGCAUUUUGUAAAAGUUAGUCAGGCAUUGGAGGGGAUCUUUUGCAUUAAAGCCGCUUGCAGGCGAUGUCAUCCUAGCUAUUUCCUUUAGAGUUAGAAGUGGUCUCUGCAUGUACAGAGCUGUAAGGUGGGUCCAAGUAACGCUGUAAAAGCAGUCUGACUUUGUCGUAAAAGAUCUGUCUGCUAAGUUGUUAAUGGAUUCUUGGUUUUCUUGCUAAAAAAUACGCUUUUAUUUCUUUCCUCCCGUCCCUAAACCAAUCCUCCCUCGCUAAAAGUGAAGAGAGGUUUCAAUGGGUGUCACUUCAGCCCGCGGAGGGCCUGGUAUUUUUUCGUGUGGGUGCUGGGUACCACUCUGUUAUUUAUAUUGCAGCUGGACCUCAGGGUGGCCGAGCAAGGAUCACAUAUCAGCUCUAACUGAUACUGGGUCAAACGUGGUGUUAGAAGAGGCCUGGAGCUGCAGCUCGAUGCCAGGCUGUGCCAAACAGGAGUUUAGGGGCUCGCUCUUGUUUGAUUUUCUUCAUAUAGCCAUUGCAUGAAUAACUUGGGCAAUAAUAAAAUAAUUUUUGAAGCUAAAGGAUUGACUGUUAGCGUGGGGUAAUAGCGAACUUUGGUGGGUUAGCUAGUAGAAUGGGAUGCAUUGCACACAUCGCUAAUGAUAGAUCUUACGUAUGUGUGUAAGAACUCAGAAACUAAGAAUUACGAAAAUCAAACAUUCAGUGUUUUUUUCUUUUUUUAGAGUAAUUGAGUUGGUUGCAUAAUACUGCUAAAACUAGCUAGACAAGUUUUAGGUAUAAAUUUUUUGAUAUAUGCUUAAUGUCCUCUGAAGGAGACGUAACUUUUUUUUUUUUUUUUUCAAGGUAUGUUUCGUUAGCAUUAUGUGAAAUUAGUGUAAAGUGGUUUCUGAAGUAGUGCUGUUUUUAUUGCUAUUGAAGUAAAGUGCUUGAUCUGUGUAUGUUGACUUGUGCUCUGCUGUAGAGAGAUGGCAUCUAUAAUAGACAGUGGAUCUGGAUUUUUAACAACAAAGCCAUGUUUUUUUACAGUUCAAUUAGCAAAGGUUUGUGCUUUUACAGCAUAUUUUACUGCUAUGAAUUUUUUCAUGGUGAGGGAUAUGCAGCAAUAUAUGUAAUACACAUGUGAUAUGCAAUAUAAUGAUAGGCAUGAGGUCCUAGGUGACCAUGUAUCUAUUAAGAUUUGGCUGUUCCAAGUCACCAGGAGCUGUUGUGCCAUGUGUGUGCGGUACAAGCGAGUGCGGGCAAUUUUACUAGGGAGUGGGUAUUAUUUUGUAGGUUCCCCACUUGUGCAGUAGUCGCAUUUUGAGUGAUGAAGGUAGCCGUCUGGCAGCACUGUAUUCUGCCUUCAGCUGUGCUGGACGAACACUGCACCGCUAUGGAGAAUGAACCGAGCACAACAACGUGUUCUGCAUCUACAACUACUAUCACCACCACCUCCACUUCCCGAACGCAGCUACCACAGAUAUCUGUCUACAGCGGCUCUGAUCGGCAUGCGGUUCAGGUUAUUCAGCAGGCCUUGCAUCGUCCUCCUAGCUCAGCUGCUCAGUACCUUCAGCAGAUGUAUGCAGCCCAACAGCAGCAUCUAAUGCUGCAGACUGCUGCUUUGCAGCAGCAGCACUUAAGCAGUACCCAAUUUCAGAGUCUGGCAACUGUACCACAGGCAAGCCUGUCAGGUGGGAGGCAAUGUACUUCCCCCACUGGGAGUGUCACUCAGCAGUCAAGCAUGUCGCAGACCUCGAUUAACCUCUCCACCUCUCCUACACCUGCACAGAUAAUAAGCCGUUCACAGACCUCCAACACCACCAGCAGCAGUAUCACCCAACAGACUAUGUUGCUGGGGAGCACCUCUCCAACCCUGAGUGCAAGCCAGGCUCAAAUGUAUCUCCGAGCUCAAAUGCUUAUUUUCACUCCUGCUACCACUGUGGCUGCUGUACAGUCUGACAUUCCUGUUGUCUCAUCAUCAUCCUCAUCUUCCUGUCAGUCUGCAGCUACUCAGGUUCAGAACUUGACAUUGCGCAGUCAGAAGUUGGGUGUUUUGUCGGGUUCACAGAAUGGUCCACCAAAGAGCAGCAGUCAAACUCAGUCAUUGUCUCUGUGCCCUAAUAAACCUGUGACCAGUACCAAGAGCAGCCAGCCAGAUUCCUCAGAAAGCAAUAGAAAAGGCGAGAGCCCCACUCCAGAAUGUCGGAGUACACCAGUCACGCGAACACCAAGUAUACAUCAGUUAAUAACACCAGCUUCAUAUUCUCCAAUUCAACCUCAUUCUUUAGUAAAACAUCAGCCGAUCCCACUUCAUUCGCCACCUUCAAAGAUUUCCCAUCAUCAGCUGGUAUUGCAACAGCAGCAGCAAGUCCAGCCAAUUGCACUUCAGACUUCUUCUGGUCAGGACCCCCCUCCAUCACAGCACUGUCUACCCCUCCCAAGCCAUGGUCUUCCUCCAGUUCCCAGCAGUGUCCAGUCUCAGCAUUGCUCACCUAUUCACAUCCAUCCUCCACCUCUAACACUGUCUCCUACUCCGUCCCAGUCAGCUCAGCAGUCAGUAGUGGUAUCUCCUCCACCUCCUCAUUCCCCUAGUCAGUCACCCACAAUAAUUAUUCAUCCUCAAGCACUUAUUCAGUCACAGGCAAGCUCCCUUGUGCCAACAGCUCUUCAGCCAGAGCAGACUGCUUCUCAGCAGAGUACUACCAGUCCAGUUCGACCAAUUGCACAGCCACUCAAUCUUCCAUCGCAUCUUCCGCUUCCGCCUUCCCCAGCUGUACAUAUAGGACCAGUAGAGCAGCCCAGCUUAGUUUCCCCAGGCCAACAGAUAGUGCCCUCCACACCACACCAGCCAUAUUCAGCCUUGCAGUCCGCACCUAUCCCACUUGCCGCUCCUCCUCAGCUGUCAACAUCUUCAACCCAGAUUCAACAACUGCCAUUACAAUCUGUGCAGUCUUUACAAGUGCAGCCUGAAAUUCUAUCCCAGGGCCAAGUUUUGGUUCAAAACACUUUGGUUUCUGAGGAAGAACUUCCUGCUGCAGAAGCGUUGGUCCAGCUGCCAUUUCAGACUCUUCCACCACCCCAGACUGUUGCAGUAAAUCUUCAAGUGCAGCCAUCGGUACCAAUUGAAACUCCAGUGAUUUACCAAGUGGAGAAUGUAUGUGAAGAAGAGAUGCCUGAGGACUCUGAAUGUGUCCAUAUGGUUAGAACACCUACGCCACCGACUCUGUCACCACCAGCCAUAACCUUGGGGAAUGGAGAGGCGCAUGCUUCAGAAGAGCCCUUGUCAGAACAUGUGGGACUACCUUCAGUGACAUCAUCAGUCAGUGCCUCAGUAAUUAAAUCUCCGUCUGACCCUUCACAUGCCUCUAUUCCACCACCACCUCUUUUGCUUCCAGCAGCGACAACAAGGAGCAACAGCACAUCAAUGCCCAAUAGCAUUCCUAGCCUAGAAAAUAAACCUCCACAGGCUAUUGUUAAGCCACAGAUCCUGACCCAUGUUAUUGAGGGCUUUGUGAUUCAGGAGGGAUUGGAGCCAUUCCCUGUAAGUCGUUCAUCUUUGCUGGUAGAACAGCCUGCAGAAAAAAGUUUGCUAGUGGAGGGUCAAAUCAUGAGUGUUAUGUGUGUUGAAUCAGACUUGCAGAAUACAAAACAUGCAGACAACUCAUCGGACACCGAGAUAGAGGAUAUGAUUGCAGAAGAGGGACUAGAUGAAAUUGAAAGUGAUCUUCUGAAGUGUGAAUUCUGUGGAAAAAUGGGAUAUCCUAAUAAGUUUUUACGGUCAAAACGAUUCUGCUCCACAUCCUGUGCCAAAAGGCACAGCCUUAGUUGCACUAAGAAAUUCGGGCUGUUUACAUCAGACAAGACCAGUCGCUGGAAUCGGAAAUCGGAUAGCCAAAGCCUUGGGCGACGCGGGCGUCGACCGAGUGGCCCAGAUGGGGCGUCACGAGAUCACUUUCUUAGACAGCUUCCAAUUACUUAUCCAUCUGCAGAAGAAGAUAUGGCUUCUCACGAAGAUGCUGUUCCAGCUGCCAUGACCACCCGUCUGCGAAGGCAAAGUGAAAGAGAGAGAGAACGUGAACUUAGGGAACUAAGAAUUAGGAAAAUGCCAGAGAGCAUUGAUUUGCUACCGGUAGUGCAAACCGACCCAUCCGUGUGGACUGUUGAUGAAGUCUGGGCGUUUAUACGUUCUUUGCCUGGUUGUCAAGAUAUUGCAGAUGAAUUUAGAGCACAAGAAAUUGAUGGACAAGCUCUCCUCUUGUUGAAGGAGGAUCACCUUAUGAGUGCAAUGAAUAUUAAGCUUGGACCUGCGUUGAAAAUCUGUGCACGUAUCAAUUCAUUGAAAGAAUCCUAGGGGAAACAUGAAGGUUUAAACAUUUUUCUGUGACAGAACCAACAGUAAUAUGCCAACAUCUUCACCAUGGCAUGAGUAUUACUGUGAUGUUUUCUUAAAAGUAUGGAGUUUUCCCCACAUAAAAACUUAAAAAUAUUCCUCUGGUUAUAUCAUGUAGUUCUCCAUAGUUUCCCACAAUAAAUAGGUUCAUGGUAAAGCCUGAGUAAUACUUUGAGUUAAAGUGGGAGUUGAUGGAAAAACAUGAAGUGAAAUAUGCUGUGGUAAGUUAAAUAUUCUCCAACAUGUACUUAUUGUACAAGUUUAGCACCCCCAAUCUAAACACCAUUUAAAUUAUGUUGCUGUAUUCUGAAAGACAGUUUUUCCACACAUACAGCAGUUGUUGGACUGAAAUAACAAAAGUGUCCACAGAUCCUGUGGAAGCACUGAUAACAGUAAAAUGCUAUGCAUUUAGUUGUGCUCUCUGAGUUUCUUUUAGUCUUGAGCAAAUUGUUUGAAGGGAUAGGUUGGCAGCCUUUUUUUCUUGUGUAGGCUUAUCCUCAUCUCUGCCACUGUAGUAUUUUCUUUAAGUCUGGGAAUACUGUAGACCAUUCAGGAGUCUCAUGAAAAUCCUUGUUGUCAGGCUACUGAAAUACAAUGGCAUGACACUCUUGCCAGAGGUAACUGAAGCACAUAUGUUACUUCACUCUUUGUAUGCUGCUAUGCACUAAGAGGGCAUUAAGUUGUUAGUUUUCUAGCUUUGCAUGCUGCUAGUCAAACUAGACCAGCAGUUCUCAAAUGGGGGUUCAGAGUGGAUCCUGAGAAGGUGUGAGAACACCUAGGGUUCAGGUUCCCAAAUGCCUGGGUGUGAGGGGUUGAAAAUUACAGCCGGGACUAGCUCUAAGAACUGGAGACAGAAAGGUUAUCACAGUUCAGUGUUUUUCCUCUUCCAGACCUUUUUUAAUACCAUUUUUUUCCAAACUGUCACUGUAGUGCACCUCUUCUCUGCUGGCUAAUGUGAGCUGGGGUUGCAGUUGUCAGAGGAAGGAGCAUGAUGAGGAGCUCGGUGAGAUCCCAUCAAAGCUCAGCCAAAGGGAAACUGCUACUGCUGUGGAGGGAGCCUGGAGCUUAUGUGGGUGGAGGAGUGCCACAGCCAGGCAGCUCUGCGGGAAGUCUCCAGGGGCCUUGCUUCUGUGCCUCUGGCAGGAGGCUUUCACUUGGACAGUGCGGACCCAGGUACUUCUUUGUGGUGGGGGUAGACAGUGUCUCUAUCUGUCUUCACCCUCUUUCUCUCUCUGUGCAGAAAAGGUACUUGUCCCCCAAGGUACCAACACCCUCAGAAGCUUCUUGGGCUCUGAGGCAGCAGCACCUUCCCAGCCAUUGCUUCCCCAUCACCUAUGUAUGGAUGUGUGUGGAUAUAUUCUUUACCUUCUGUUCCCUGCCUUUUGCAGCUCUGCUCCCUGUAGGUACAGCCCUGAAUUCCCAAGCUCUUGUAUAGGGCAAGAAGUGUAUGUGUGUUGAUAGUUGCUAUGUAUAUUUAAAUUAAAUAUGUGUAUGCGAGUCUGCAAAUAAAAGUAUUUUAUGCAAAUUAGUGCAUAAGAUAUGAUUGUAUAGGGAAGUAUGCAGGGGGACCCCUAAAUUAUUCCUGAAAAGAAGAGGAACUUUAGAUAAAGUUUGAGAACUGCUGGCCUAGAUCAAAAGGAGUCAAUGCACAUACACUGGCUGAAAGGAAGGUUUGUCACAGGUAGAUUGAUGUGUGUAGUGAUGUCCUUAAAGAGUAAGUUCGGAUUGCAGAAGAAUCUGUGCUUCAUUUUCCUUUAAUAGACUAUCACUUUGUUUCUGUUAACAGACUUCCUACCAAUAUCUUCCAGAGAUCAACAGUAGAAUCACUGCUUUUAACUGCAACUGCUUGAGCUUAUUAAUAGGGAGUGUCACUAAUAUUUUUAUCAACCACUGAAGCUGCAGGUUAGGACUACCCAUUGCUGUUACCUGGUAAUAUAUGGUGAGAGCCUAAUCUGAAUGGCACCAGAGGCUUGAGAAGAAUUCGUUGAUGUCUGGGUUUAUUUUGGAGGGAAGUUUGAUGAGCACUUUCUAAUUUUUUUUUUCUAUCUUCAGUUAGUGUUGUCAAACAAACUUAAUUGAAGGUUCACUGUUUGGCAGUGUUCAUUUGAAAGAUAAUUCAAAUAAUGGAGACAGUAGGUUCUCAUUUGUAGCAUUUCUGUAAGAUACACUGUGUAGCAUAUCUGUAACAUAUGUUUUAGAGGAUACCUUCUGUUUUGAUGAGCUAAUAGAAGACUAAAGAUAUCUUAGAUAUUUAUCCUUUGGCUUUUGUCUUAAAGUUUUAUUAUUUUUAUACAGAAAUAUCACUGGCUAAUUUUUAAUCUGUUUUCUGAUCAUAUUGUUCUUUGGCGAUGUAUAAAGUAGGUAUAUUUAAAUGUGAAUUGAUAAUGGCUUAAGGCAUAUUUGAAAAUGUGGACUUAUGUUGUGAGUCUUAUCUAGACCUGCAGUUAAUCACAGUGGUGUUACAUGCAUGAUAAUUUCAUGAUUGUUUUAAUCUUGGUAUAUUAGCUUUCAGGAGAACUUCUACAGCUAGUGUUUAUAUAUGACUGUGAGACUAAUUACUGACAGAUGCCAGCAGCUCAGAGCAGGCCUGAUUAAUGCACGUUUGUUCUAGUUCUUCUGGUACACUACAUUUUCCAUGGUUUUUGGAGAGCCACAAAUAGUGAGUUAUGCUUUAAAUAUUCAUGAAUACAGCAACUAAGAAUGUGGGCCUUAUGCAUAUUAAAAGUUUUUCUGCUUCAGCUGUUUUGGCGUUAAGAAGGAACUUUGACAUAGCUAUACUAACCUAUAUUGAUAGAAAUGCACAUGUACUAGGGUUUUUGCUAGUAUAACUGUGUCAAUAAAAUCAAUUUAAAAAAUACCACACGUACAUAAAAGUAGGCUGGAAGACUUUCAAGUGCAAAUAAGGUCUAUUUCAGGAUCUUUUGAAUUUACUCAAAAAGCAAUACAAUACUUGGAGUAAAAUUCCUCCAGAACCAUAUUGCCUAUCAAUUACUUCCGUUUCUGUUCAAAUCGGUGAGAUUUUUCCAGGCUCAUACAGGAAUUUUCCAUGGCUUUCCCCACAAAUUAAAUUAGACUGUCCCCCAAAAGAGGAAGUAUGGCUGAUUUUAAUUAAUUUCAUUAACACUCCCACUAGCUGGGUCUAUCACAAAUCCCUUUCAUUAGCUGUAUUUCCCAGGGUUUUUUAUUGUGUCUUCAGGCUGCUUUGUGCCACAUCUCACAGUAACAUUUCAGCUCCUGUAGAAAGGAAUACAGGACACCACGGGAUCUUAGCUCAGAAAGGAUAUAUGUUGGGUGGCUUUUUCUUUCCCUUUCUAUUUAAAAAAAAAAAAUAAAUAAAUCCCUCUACCUUCACUGAUCUCCAUCUUACCUUACUAAGAUAAGCUCAGCAUUAGCUCAGGGCAACCCCCUCACACAGGGUACUGGGCUGAAUGUGACUAUCAAGAUUUAUUCCUGUACAGUUGUAACUAUUAUGCUUGUCUCAACAGGUAUAAUAGUUAUCAGAGUUUUUCUGUUUUGUGUUUUGAAGAAAUGUCCCCAAAUGCUUAAAAUGUAUAUGCAAAUUCCCCUACUUAAUCUGGCUCAUAUCACUCAGCCACCCUGCUUUGGAGUAGGAAUAAAGAGAAUAGUCCUGGGAGGGAAGGAGGCCACCUCUGUUGACUAGAGUUCUCUGGGAGCUCUGGGCUGCUUCUUGUUCAAAAACAAGCACUGACAAUGAACUGCCAGAUUCUCCCAGCCAACCGAUAUUGCCUCACUUUGAUAAGUCUGUAGAUUCCCUUGCUUAUAGAUAGAAUAAAAUAACCACCACCUUGUCAAGUUAAACUGUCGGUUGCCUCAGUUCACCAGAGUGUUUAAGUGCUUUUAAAUAGACUAUAUUGCAAAUCCAGUCUUUAUCUACCAAUCCAUUUUUUUUUCUUUUUUUAGAACUGAAUUUCUUGAUGGAGGGUAAAACCUUUGUUCUAUUUGUGUCAAUAAGCUAUCUCAAACAGAAGGCUUAUAUCCUGCAAGCCUGUAUUUCCCCAUUUCUUUCCUGUAAGAGCAGGUUUUUUUCCAUUAUUUCUUUUUGGACAAAUUAACAAACAAGUGGGAGUCUCAUCUGUUGGAUAGAACAGAUCAGUCCAUCAUAAAUGCAGAUAAGACAGAGAAAAGAAACAGGAUUGAAAUAAGUAUUUGAGCAGGUUUAUAAUAGCUCUUGGAUCAAAUCUUUUUCAUCUUGAUCUUACCUAUAAGAAAACGUUCAGCUAUAAAACUUUCUUAACUAUGGUUUGAAUUGAGGUUAAUGAGACUUUGCUAGGUAUAGUGUGUCAGUGCCCGGCAUACUGGUUAAAACUGCGGCCUAUGUCAGAUACCUGCUAUCAUUUUAAUACCACAGUAUUGAUACAGAAACUUGCAGCUCAGUAGCCUAAGAAAUUUUCUAUACAUUGACCAAUUGAAUAGGCAGUCAAAGAAUUCACUGGCAGCUUGUGCUGUGGGUCCUAGUCUUGCAAAUAAUUAGGAACCUACAUAAUUUAAAACAUGAGUAGUUCUCCUGACAGUACUGGGACUAUUUAAAAUUUAAAUUAGGCAUGUAUGUAAAAGCUUGCAGGUUUAUCUUACCAGUAUUACUUAGAUUUCCUGUUAGCAUGUAUUUAGAAAUAUAGUUGUCACCCACUAGCCAGACUUUUUCUCACUGAUCGAGGCUGCAGAUAAUAACUCUGUGACAGUCUUGUUAGGAUACUGAACUUUACACCAAAAUUAGUCUGCUAGAGAUGGAAAGAAACUAACACCUUAACAUAUUUUGUUUUAAAUAUUCUGCUUCUGUUGAAUUCUGAAUGGAAUAGGGAUGCAUAGAGCAAACAGAGCUAUAAAUGCAUAAUUUGUGUAAGGUGUUAUUAAUUGCUCAUAGUGAAUUACUUUUUAAGUCACUUUUGAACAAUGAGCUGUAGUGUCAGACAGGAAAUAUUGUGAAGACAAAGUAUGCAAAAGAAAUUUAGAAUCAUUUAAUGCUUAAUUUAUUUAAGCUAAGCCUAAACUGAGUUCAUUUUAAAUGAAUUUGGCUUUAUUCAUUGGAAUUCAGUUAGACUCCAAAGGUCCUAUAUGACUAUAUCCACUGGAUUGCUUUGAAAAUAGUGAUCUUAAAAAGAAAUGAUGGUACAAAUAAGUGUCUGCUAUGUCCAUUUCUUAUCAGAAAGCUGUCCCUGAUACAGUCUAAAAACUUGAUGGACAGUCUGUAUCCUUCACUAGGAGUCUGGCACAUUUAUUGGUUACAGAAGCAGUCAGGACACAUGCAGUGUGACGAAACCUUUGCUGUGGGAGUACUUACAACCAUGCUCAGUUAAUUGGAUUGAAGUACUGACGUGCCAUUCACUUAAGGUAACUGUGUAAUGAAGAUGUACCCUAAUCCGUGCAAGUCAGGCUGGUUCAUUUUUACCACCUUGAUAAUUUAGGCAGAGCUCUACAAUGUGCCAUUUUCUCCUCCCUAUAGAUUUCUAAAUGUGCUUUUUGCACUGUGAGUGUCACCUGUGUUGGCUACAGCAGUUUGCAUAAUACUUGUGUUCUGGGUUUCAUGGUUAGAAAUUCCACAUUUAUUCAAGGCCCUUAUCCUAAGCUGUGUGUAAGUUUGUGUAACCUACAUUGUAGCUUUUACACAGGUCCUCAUUCACUUGGAGGUUGUACGUAUUAUUUACUGAUACCAUACAGCUAAGUGGAAGGAAAAAACAAAAUUCAAAGGGGAGAAUAUAAAAUAUGCUUGUAAUUGAAGGUGUGUAGUAAACUUGCAGCCUAAUUGUUGUAGCUGUUGAUCCAGCUUUUCCAAAGCACAAUUCUGGCAAUCAGUGUUAUGAACAAAUUUCAAGUUACAAAUUCUAAACAAAUUUCCAGCAUAUAUUCAGCUUCCUGCUAAAUUACUCAAAGUGAUUGUACUGUAAGGAUCUAGAAGAUGAUCUGAAGAGAUUUUUCCAUCUGGAAAGAACUGUAAUUUGAGCACAACUAUAUAUUCAUAGAAUAAGGAUCAUAAAUGUCAUGCAAGUGCAAUGCAUAACAUUUAAGGAGUAUUUUAAUAGUGCAGAAAAAGCACUGUAUUGCUACAUAGGAUUGUUGAAAGGAUUACAGCAUUCUUAAUAGGCACUACAUCAGGGUAUCUUUACUGCUGAUGGGACUAGGCUAGAAGCACAAAUAUAACUGACUCAUGAGGCCUAUCUGUUUUAUGGGUGAAAUCAGGUCAGCCCAUGUGAAGACUUGUGUUGGGCAGCCAGGAUGUUGAUGUUCUCUGCCAGCUCUUUGUAAAGUAGAUGGUUGAAAGAAUAAUUGAAAUGAAAUUGAAAGAAUAAAUGAAAAUGAAAGAUUCUAGAGAGCAGCUUCCCUUCUCAGUGUUCUUUGUGAUAAAAACUUAGUGAACUGAUACAGAUCAGGAAAGAGGAAGGGUGGUAUAAGGAAAAUGAAGGGUUUUAUUAAUGAGUGCCAAAUACUUUUGUUUAGAGUUGAAAGCAUAUAGACUAGCUCAUUAAAAUUAGCUUGGUUUUUUUUUGGGGGGGGGUAUUCUGAUAUGAGAAGAGUACAGAAAUUUAUCAUUAAGGGUUAACACUUUAAUUCUCACAGGAUUAUUUGAUGUUCAUGGUAACAGUGGCUAGAAGACUGUAAAAUAUUUCAAAGGCUUAAGGCCAUUCAUUGCACAGCACAAGAAGCAAUGUAAGAGGAGAUAUAGCAGUGGUUGUCCACAGUUCUUACGAUUUCAGAUAUUACCACCUUCAUAACAUAGUUUCUCUCCUCUUUAAGUCCUGAAGUGACUCUGUAAUCCUGUUCUACAAAGUAAUGAUGUAUGGCUGUAUUGCCAGACCAAACAGUGUUACGACUUCCCAGAAUCACCAGAUGAAAGAGAAUAAUGUACAAAGAGAGGAAAAGACUUUGUCCACUAGGAGGAUAACGGGAUACAGAUCACUUCACAACUGGAUCAGGUACCUCCUAGAUAAAAGGUCAAGGAUAAAAAUGGGCUUAAAAAGAAAGCUAGUAUUUAUAUAUUUUAAAAUAGUCACCAGGCUAAGACUCCACAGUUGGAUGCUAAGUGAAAACCUGUAGUGCCACUCUUAUCUACUUGGUGGGUGUAAUGGCAGCCUAACAGUUGAUAUUUUUGACACCUUUUCCCAAAGAGUAUGGGAGAAAGAAUGUAAUGUAAUGUCAGUACAUUCAGUACUUGCUUUGCUUGCAUGUUGUGGCUUCCAUAUAAAAAUAUGAUGUCAAAAUUUAAAAUGGCUUUAGAAGGACUGCAGCAAUUAGGGGAAUUCUGGCACCCUCAGGAUAAAUGGGAAUGUGUAGAAUGAAUUAUGGUUUGAGAAUCUGAAUCACAUUGGUUAAUAUAUCAGCAGUCUUACUCAACUUCUUACAAUUGCAUUCCAUAUAUGUUAAUGAAUCUGAAACAUGAGACUAACCACGUGAAACAAACAUCUAAAAUCUAUAUUCUUGAGAAUAACUUAACCUUGAUCUGUUGUUAAAUAAAUUUCAAAUUAGGUUUUUUCACCUGCCUCUUUAGCAGUUAGUUACUUCAGGACUUUCUCCAAUGCCUGGUGCAUUAAUAUAUUUGAGGUAUUUGCUGUUUUUUAAAUGGAAUUAGGUUUUGUAAAUAUUUUGUCAACCCCAUUUCAGUGGGUAUCCAGUUUAUAUAAAACCUGAAGAAAUGCUGUGUCCAAAAGUGUGUUUAGACUUGGCUUAUUCUAUAGUAUCUCAAGCACUAAACAGCAGCAAUUAGAAACUGAGAGCAGGGGUUGAUAGAUUAAGCUUGUUUUUCAAGGUUAACAUUGUACAUGUUUUCCUACUUUUUACAUGGAUGUAGACUUGUUUGUCAAAAUACAUUAUUCAGCAUAAAGGAUGAAAUUUGUGGUGCCAAACACUUCAAACUAUGUUGUUAAAUACUGCCUCCUCUUAUUGCACUAGUUUUAAAAAUCAGUUAUUGAUAAUUUACUGUCAUUUUGAUUGCCUUUUUAGUAGAUUCCCCAAACCAUUUUCUACUGCUUUAAAAAUGCUCAUCUCCUUUUGGUUACAUCCCUAAAACAUUGUUACUGAAACCUCAAAGAAAUUGAUGACACACUGUGGAUGAAAGAAGCACUAUUUGGGGUGAAGUAAUAAAUCAAAAUAAUUGGAAUUUGAUAUAUUGCAGAAAUAUAAAAUUAAUAUAUGAGAUAUAGAUAUGUGAUUGUGUAUUCUUAUCAUGGAGUGAUACUGGAAUAUUCUUUUAUAAGAAAUUUUAGCAUACAUAGCAUUAAAUUCUGCAAUUAGAUCUAUGUCCAUAAUUGAUAUAUAAUAAUGUAAAUGGUAACCCAAAAUAAUUUAAAUUUUGCAGUUGAAGAGCACACAGUGAACUAUGUAAAAUAUCUUCACUUUGUGAACCAUUUUUUUUAAAAAAAGCACUUUCCUAUUACCAACUAGCAUGUGAAUGAAUUUUAGAUUCUCAUUUGUUAUGAUCUGUAGAAGUGAGAUUUCUUUAAUCUGUCUGUUAAUGGAUAAACUGAUUAUACAAAUGCUGAAACAAAGCACCUUAUACUAUGCUGCUUAAACUUGCUUGUAAUUGCACCUUUUGUUAUCUGCAUAUUUUUCUUACUGAGUAUUCUUCUGUGAUACCAUUGUUCCCUGUGGGUCUGAGUGAAUGAUUAACCAACCUACAGCAUCAUUUACUUAUAUAGUUUAUAUUUCAAUACGACAUUGUAUUGUGAGUUCAGUGCUUCAGAAAUAAAUGCUACUUCCAUUUGUCUA